GUGAGGAGAGGGCGGGUGACGGCGUCCGGAGCCAUCGGGGGCCAUCGGCCGCGGGCAGGCCCCCGGGUGCCCCGCCCGAGCGCGGGCAGCUUCCCGGGGCCGCGCCGGGCCUAGUCGCCGCGUCCUGCCCCCAGCCCUGCGGGAGGGAGGGCCCCGGGAGGCGCCUUCCCCUGCCCCCCCGCCCCCCCCCCCCGGCGGCUGCGGGCCUGCGCCGGGCCCCGCCGUGUGUGCCUGAGCGCUGAGGCCGCCGCUGCGCUGGGGCCUUGGCGGGAUGUGCCGGUGCGGGGAGCGGAGCCCGGCGCCGCGGCGGCUCAGAGCGGGGGGAGCCUGCGGAGGGCGCUCCGCGGUUGAGCGUUGCCGGAAUGAAGACCAUUCUGAGCAACCAGACCGUUGACAUCCCCGAGCAAGUCAGUGUCUCACUGAAGGGCCGGACAGUGAUCGUCAAGGGGCCCAGGGGAACCUUGCGGAGGGAUUUUAACCACAUCAAUGUGGAGCUCUCUCUCCUGGGAAAGAAGCACAAGAAGCUACGAGUGGACAAGUGGUGGGGUAACAGAAAGGAGCUGGCCACAGUUCGCACAAUUUGCAGCCAUGUACAGAACAUGAUAAAGGGUGUUACACUGGGCUUUCGUUACAAGAUGAGGUCGGUGUACGCUCACUUCCCCAUCAACGUGGUUAUACAGGAUAACGGCUCCCUUGUGGAAAUCCGGAACUUCCUGGGAGAGAAGUACAUCCGCAGAGUGCGCAUGAGGCCAGGUGUUUCCUGUGCAGUGUCUCAAGCCCAGAAAGAUGAGCUGAUCCUUGAAGGGAAUGACAUUGAAUUGGUCUCCAAUUCAGCUGCCCUGAUCCAGCAAGCCACUACAGUCAAGAACAAGGAUAUCAGGAAAUUCUUGGAUGGUAUCUAUGUCUCCGAGAAAGGAACAGUACAGCAGGCAGAUGAGUAAAACUCUAAUAGUUGUCUGGAUCCUGAAACAAACCAUCAUGAGACAUUAUAUCAGCAAGUGCCAGCUUGAAGAAUCUGAUCUCAAACACCAUGAGAGGUUUAAUAAAAUAUAAUGUAUUUCAUA